UUCAUCACCUUUUUCCUAACUCUCUAUUCACUCAUCUUAACUAAACUUUUCAACAAACGAAAUUCAAUUUUCACUUAAUAAUGAUAAUAAUCAGAUCAAGAAAUUUGAAACGGAAGCUUCCACAGGAAGCACCAUUGCACACCGUUAGCAAGAAACUCCGGUCAAAAAUUCCUCGCCGGAGAAGACGUCAGAUCUCACCGGUGCUUGUUGUUUCACCGAGAUUCAAAGUUUAUGGAGAGAAUCGGAAUUUAUCUGUUAUUUCAGUUGAUUCGAGUUCGAGCUCUGGUUCCGAUUUUGCCGGCGGCGAAGUUUCAGUUUCGUGUGAUUCGAGUAGGAUUUCUACUGCUUUGUCCGGUAAAGGAAGAACAAGAUCGAUAAAUGAGAUUUCAAGCGGAAUUGGAAGUGUUCGGAAGGGAGAAUGUGUGAGUUUGUUGAGGAAUCGGAGAUUUGAGAAGCGGAAUGAAAACGAAAUGGAAGUUUCGGAGAAUUCGUGUGUGGAUUCUAAUUCUGGAGUUCGUGAUCGGAGUAGAAGCUUGAUUUUGAAGUUUAAGAGUGGAAAAGAGAACGAUGAAGUUUCGGAAGUUACUUUUGCGGAGAAUUCAAAAUCGAGUAACGGUAAUUUGAAUAUCUCGUCGGAGAUAACACGAAACGAUGUCGUUUCGGUUAGUUCUGGUGCUCGAGAAACUUCGUCUAUGGAGGAGAAGAGUAAAAUCAUGGAAAACAGAGCAUCGGAAUCUGAAUUCUCGCAAAUUUCGAGAAACCGUAACGCUGAUGAGAAUUGUACUGAUUUGAUAGCGCAAUCAAUUAUGAAGAAUUGUUCGGAUAAUUCAGGUUACGAUUCCGAUCUAGCUUGCUCUGAGGAAUUCAACGAAGAUGAUGAUUCAGAGUAUUAUUCAAGUCAGGCAACUACAUUCUCUGAUCUUCACUCCGAGAUUUUUGGCGAUUGUUCCGAUUACAGUCCGUCUCAGUUCCUUGAUUCCAGUAGCCAGUUUUCGCAGGGAUCCGUUGGUGAAACUCCUUCACAUACUUAUUCAUUGUUCCUUCAAUACCGCGAUGAAUUCAUGAUGUUAAGUUCUCCGGUUAAUAAGUCUUCAAGUGUUGAAGAAGAUAUUUCUCUUCAACUCAAUUUUUCAAAGUUUGAAGACUUGGAUGAUGAAGACAGUUACCAGAUGCUUAGAAAGAGAGAACGGAGACAAGUUUUCAUGUGGAAUUAUGCUGAAAGAUAUUUCUCUACAACGAAAUUCACCGACCUUGUGUUUCAGCAACGCUCAAAAAUGGUUCACUGGAUCAUUGAGCAAUCUUAUCGGAAACAUCUUCGACAAGAGACAAUGUUUCUUGGAAUCAACCUACUUGACCGUUUCCUGAGCAAGGGAUACUUCAAAGCUGAGAGAAACCUUCAAAUUGUUGGAAUAGCCUGUCUUACAUUGGCAACUAGAAUUGAAGAAAACCAGCAAUAUAACAGAGUGGGGCAAAAGAAUUUCUACAUAGAAAAAAGUGCGUACAGUAGAUGCGAAGUGGUGGCUAUGGAAUGGAUGGUGCAGGAGGUGCUCGAGUUCGAGUGUUUUCAUCCAACCAUCUACAAUUUCUUGAGCUUCUACCUAAAAGCUGCUAAUGCUGAUGCUGUUGUGGAGAAAAGGGUCACAUGCCUAGCAUUGCUGGCUCUGGCAGGUCCUGCUCAGCUGUGUUACUGGCCCUCAACUAUUGCCGCUGCAGUUGUAAUCCUGGCUUGUCUAGAAUUCAAUCAGAAAGCAUCCCACAAAGUCAUAGGGAUCCACAUUAGAUCAAAGGAUGAGAAUCUGCACGAUUGCAUGGAGAGUCUGGAAUGGUUGUUACGUUACCUAUGAUAACAAACUAGCAGGACAGAGCACAUCAGUUAUCAAAUCGUGAUGAAAGUUUCCUACCCAUCCGAAGGAAAAUGGUUUUAUUAAUUUGAUUCAUCAAGCAUUAUUAAUACUGAAUAAAUUUCAUUCAUUUGCUUCCCUACAUAUUAAUUGUUCUAAUAUAGAACACAAUAUCCACAUUUAUACCUAUAUUCCCAACAAUUUCCCAACAAUGGGACGAAAACUCAGAUGCUAAUUGUAAAUGACCUACAAAGAUAUUACAGGGUU